GUAUGUUUGUUGCUGGUCAUCAGUGCGUCCUUGGUUGCAUAGACAGGCAGCAGGUUAGCUCGACAGCUACAGGGGAGCUAACGGAACCGGAGCACUGAACGCAAUCCAAACCAUUUUCUUUGUUCUUCGCCCUCCACCACCUAAAAAGAAAAAGAAAAAAAAAAAACAGAACAAGCGACAAGUCACCAUGGCUUUCUUAAUCAAGAGCAUGAUCGGGAACCCGCUUUCAGGAAUGGGCCUGGGCGGUGGAGGAGACAAGGAGGAGGAGGCCACCCCCUCGGACCCGGCCAAGGCGGCGGGCAUGACGCGCGAGGAAUACGAGGAGUACCAGAAACAACUGGUGGAGGAGAAGAUGGAGAGAGAUGCGGAUUUCUUGCACAAGAAGGCCGAGAGGGCGACGUUGAGGGUGUGCCUCAGGGAAAAGUACAGGCUGCCUAAGAGCGAGCAGGACGAGAACAUGAUCGAGAUGGCCGGCGACGACGUGGACGUGCCCGAGGAGCUGCUCAAGAUGGUGGACGAGGACGCCACCGAGGAGGAGGGCAAGGACUCCCUCAUGGGCCAGAUUCAGAACUUACAGAACAUGGACAUGGACCAGCUGAAGGAGAAGGCGUCGGCUACAGUCACCGAGCUCAAGACCAAAGCCGAGGAGAAGUGCGCCGUCAUGUGAGGGGAAACCUUCAAGCGAGGGGGGUCGGGGGGAGAGAAGCUGCUGUGCAAAAGCCACCGUUGGAUUUCUUCUUGUAGCGAUCGAAAGCAGCCAAUCGGGAAGUAGCGCGACGACUUCCGCCGAGGCGAACUGUCAACAAAAUGAUAAAUAAGUAAAAUUAUUGUAUUUGUUUUAUCCAUCCGUUUAUUAACUAGCGCACUACUUCCUGGAUCUCAAGCAGAUCCGUGUGACCACUGCGAAAAAUUUCCUGUUAUUUGCACCUUAAUCCAGAGCCUCACCAAAAAAGUAGAGUCAAUUUUGUGGGAUUUGUUUUUGUGGUUAACUUGAUCCUGCUACCUGUCCGACCAUUCACGCGUUGCAUCAAAGAUGUUUUUUGUUUGUUUGUUUUGAGAAGAACAAAGCUAGUGGUGCUCCAAAGACCUUUGCAUGGUACGAUAUAUGUUUAUUUUAAGAAUCGGGAAGGCGGGGACGCUAAUUUUUUCCUUGAUUGUAACACAUCUAAAACAACCCACUUGGAAAUAUACUGAGAUGGUAUAAAUAAAAUAUCGACAAUACCGUGAUUGUACCGUGCGAGUCCAACAAAAUGACGUGAAGGUGUGGAUGGAAUAAAGACGUGUAUGAUGCAGUA